UCCAUUACCCGGAAGCACUGCUGCUUUUCCGCACUCCGAGACCGGGAUGGCGGUCUGCAGGACUACGUGUGGUGUGUUCAGGCGCCUUUUUAGGGUUGAUGGCGUUCCACUUUUGAAUUAUACUGCCAAUAAUAUGCUAACAGUAUGCCUAUGUAGGAAAAGGUUACUGCCAAUUUUUGCAUCAAGAAUUCAUUGGGGAUCUUCACACUAUUCCACAGCUCCAUCGAUAAUAGUAACAGAUGACCCUGAUACACUUUACAAGAAGAUCUCUGUGUUGGUAAAAGGCCACGAUAAAUUGGUACUGGAUAGCUAUGAAUAUUUUGCCACACUUGCAGCUAAAGAGUUGAACAUCACUGUUGACAAAGUGUAUGAACCUCCAAAGAAAGUUGAUAGAUUGACACUUCUCAAAUCUGUUCACAUUUUCAAGAAACACAGAGUUCAAUAUGAGAUGAGGACACACUACAGAUGUAUAGAGCUCAAACAUUUGACUGGAAGCACUGCUGAGGUAUAUCUGGAAUAUAUCCAGCGCAAUCUUCCUGAAGGAGUCGCAAUGGAGGUGACCAAGACAAUGUUAGAAAAGGUACCUCACCAUCUUCAAGAACCUGUUUGGAAGACAGACCCUCCAAAAGAUGAAGGAAAAUCAGUUUGAUAUAACCAAUGGAAAUAUGUAUGAAACUUUAUUUAAUGAGCUAUUACAAUACAAAAUAAUAAAGUUCAUUUAUCAAAGUGAUAUAUCUUCAAGUUGCAUUAUCUAGGCUGCAAUGUUAAAUAAUAAAGGUAACAUUCUUGAA